AUGGAAGAAGAUGUAAUCGAAGACAUACAUCUGCUACAGCAGAUUCUGCAGAGGUGGGGAGUCCAACAACUCAGCCAAAGGAUCGCCGAACUCAGCUCGGAUCCUAAUUACUCACACGAACACGUACUGAAGCUAUGCUGGGAACGUUGUAAACACGAACCAUUACGCAACAAGAGCAAUGGAAACCCAAAUUACGUAACUUAUGCUAUUAUUCGUUCGUGGGAUGCACAAUGGGCAGGGACACGGACAGGUCAGGAUGAUAACAAGGCAUCCGUUUUAACACCUAAGCAAGGGCCACUGUCUAUCAUAUUCACAGCGGUAUUCAUGAACUUAUUAAUGAAGAUUAAGCUGCUAAUGGUCAGUGGAUCCCCGAGGACAUUUCAUCUCGCGGUGCGACGUUUUUCAACGAUCGUCUCUUGUAUCUUCACAGGCGCUUACGGCGACGAGUUCUAUCAUGAUGUCACAAAUGAAAACAUCAAACGCGUGGUAUACCUUCUGAGGAUAUCGAUAUCACUUAUAUUGGAUACACAGGUCGAUAGAAUAUACGUAGGUGGUGCUUUGCCGGUACGUACUAUCUUCACCUGGGCCCGUUGUGUUGUACACCUAGUCAACGUGAUAAAUGGGCUAUGCCCACAACUAGUCGAAGGCAUCGAAGAAGAUAUUUUUAGGGAUUUCCUAGAAUUGGUGAGACAGCGCUAUGGUACUACUAUACAACUUUUCCAUAGAGCAAUGAAAAGCAUGCAACUGGUUGGAGGAAACAUCGAGAUGAAAAGACCCACGGUUACGGUCAACGAUAAUAGCUUGAGAGUGGUUGCCAUAUUGAUAUCUGAAUUCGUAUAUAACUGCCAACUGGCAAAGACCGUUACAUUCGAUGGUUGGGGUUGGAACCCAGUAUAUGACGAUGCUACAUUAAGCACCUCAAAACUGCAUCAAAGCGGCUACCCAAUCAUAGAGUUACGGGAUAAAGUAGCUGGAUACUUGCUAGAUCAUUCACUAAGACCACUGGCUGCUGUGGUAGCAAGUCCAAGUUGCAUCUUACACAACCUUGCUCUAUGGCAAGCAUACGUCUAUCUGGUUGUAGGUUACUGUGAUUUCGGAUAUAAAGGCAACUUCUUGAGUCGCGUGCUUGGAUGCGGAGGUGAUGGCGGAUACAACAGCAACGCUUUGCUCGAUAUCUUGGAAUCACCUGUAGGACUUAGAGUGGACACUUGCGCACCCAUUCAGGAUUCCUCUGUUACGGUAUUGCGCGCAAUUAGACUGAUGCAAGAGGUUGUUACGUACCUGAUAUACGAUUUAAACGAUAACCCAGCUAAGAAAUCGUUUACUGAACGUAGGGAACAAGGAGAUGGAACAGAUACAAACGAUGGCAGGACACAAUGCUUACGUCUAAUCGCCAGAACAAUGUUUGUAUGGCAUUUGCACUACUAUAAAUCGAAUAUCCAGCGAGACGGAGUACAACCACAUGACUGCGACUACUACGCUGCCUUCUUCAAAAUGGCCGUAGUCACUCUGCACAGACAUAGGUUCCACCUACCUGACGAUAUCGCUGAUAUCUUGAUAUCUGUAGUAGUUAUCAGUUUGAACGUGUUGAAUCGGUAUAAAGAUAGAUCAAGGUUACUCCAGGCUGUGUUGCACGCAUUCUUUCGUCCAACUGCGCUGUCGGUCACGUGGCAAAUCCGCAGGGCACAAACUUUUGCAGAGACUGGAGUUAACAUUUAUGAAACCUCUGCAGCGAAUAGCUCCGAUACGAUUUUGCAGGAAUCGCAGCCAAGGGAUGUACUUUUGAGAUUGGAUGCCUUUACGUAUACAAACAUGAAAGCGAUAGUUCAGAAUUAUAUCUAUUCUACGAACCGUCCAAUCGAUGUCAUGAAGGCCAUAUAUUCACAUCUACAGGCACGAGGUUACAAAAUAGAGUCAAUAACGGAAGUUGGCCGACAACCACUGGACUCGUUACUUAGGCGUUUCGCCAAGUAUGAACAUCUCCGCAAGGAAACUGGGUCAAUAGGUGUAGCUACACCACAAUCAGAUGAAUCAAAUGUCGCAUCAUGUGCAUCUUCGGAUACCACUAACAGCUCUAAAUCCGCGGGAUAUGCAUUUUCCAAAUGCUUUGCUGUUAGCUGCAUAGACGAAACUGCAGUUGUCAUGGUCUGUCUUGCAUCCGAAGCCGCUAUACGGUUUUUGCAUCGGCAUGAUUCUAUGGAUACUGUUGAUAUAGCAUGCUCUUUUGUGUUCCUAAACUCAUUGGCACUACUGCUCACGGUGGUACAUGAAAGGUUGUCAUCUUGCAACAGUGGUGGCGAGGUUGGAUCUUGGAAACGUGGUUCAACAAUCGCUCUUCUUUUGGAAACCUACUUGCAUAUGCAAACAAUAGAAAUAAGUGCUACUAUGAGGUCGGCACUCAGAGCACCUCUAUUGUCUGCACUUUACCUCUCUGAUGCCGUGGUGGAAGUUUUGCUCUACACUCUCUUGCGCUCGCAGUUUUACUCGCCAAAGGCACAUGUUAAACGUGUUACAGAUCUCAAUUUGGGAUUCUCACGCCAUGAUACACUUAUACUGAUGAAUUGCCUUAGGUGUGUCAUUGCAUCACCCAUCAAGGAUGUGUUACAUGUUAUCAAGACACUGACGUUCCUACUGCAACAGAACACUGCUGGAUAUGGUAAAAUGACACCUGUAAAUAUAACUAACAUGAAGGAAAAGGGUUUGAAAUCUGGAGUUGCUUUACAUGAUUCACCGCUAACAUAUGAGUCACACCAAUGUUGUGGUAAAGGUGAUACUUCGGUUUCUAGUAGCCCAAUGGGCACUGUAUCCAGAAGUGAAAGGGCUGCUAUAGUAGAGAAGCUGUUAAUCCAUGCAAUGACACGGUACCUCGCUAGCGUAGCUGUAAAUAUUAGUAGGCUUCGACUAAACCCGCCAACGGUGGCACCAUUGAAGGCUGGAUUUUUUGACGGUAUAUUGAAAGCUGUAUGCAAGUUCAUUGGAGCCACUGGGAUAUCAGAUCUGACCUAUAACGUAGUACAUGUUCUACCCUUUCUACUGAACCUGUGGAACCUUAUCAGAUUAGACCCAAAUAACGAGUCAUCGGAUUUGGUGACAUUUUGUAUGGAAUUAGAGUCAUUGAACCGCAGAAGGCAUUCUGUAGCCCACGGUAUACCGCUACUGUCUGACAUCAGCACCCUAUUGAGUCUACGGGCAUCCAUGCUGCCGAAACUGAUGUCAUCAUAUUCUGUCGGCGGCGGUACAAGAGACCCGGAUGACAAAGCGUCUACACCCAUCAACUCUAGAAAGGACAAAUCAAACGAAUGUGUAACUACAAGUAGACUGUCUAACACCCUAUCUUCAGUGUUAUCGGAAAAAGCUAUGGACUUGCAUCAAUCGUUUUCAGGGUACCCAGGAACAACCACAGCAAAGAAGUAUGACUCCACCACGCCAGCAAAAGAGCCUAUUGAUGAAGCUGAUGCUAUACCAUAUGCGAGAUAUCUGAGAGUAUACACAGCUAAGAUACCGCGGUUCUGUUUUCACUGCAACGGUCCGUUACAGGCCAGACUACCUCUGAGAGGGUUGUACCACAUCACCUGUAAGCGAUGCAAACUACCAUCGCCGUUACUAUGUGAAGGGCAGAUUGACUUGAAUAACAGAACUAUUGGGAUUUACGUGGUCACUCAGGUUCCCAUAACCGCUAGAGGCGUGUUAUCUUCUGGGAUGGUCCCCUUGGCAUCACAGUACACCCCUGACGUUACUCUAAAUUGGGAUUUUAUAAAAUCACUACUGGAGGCUAGCGCUAAUCUACUGUCAAGGGUUGUAUUGCCCAUAGAUGUUAAACACGCAGUUUCUAGGGACCUGUCAAACAUUUUGGCACAAUGGAUGCAAUGCGCCCCGGAAGUGUGCCAUCGAACUUUGCAGAUGGUUUCGAGGUUAAGUACCCUUGGUACAGGCUGUAUACAUUGGCUGAUGCACAAGAAUGAGGUAUAUCGUAAACUUGGUUCUAUGUGUCAAAUUGGUGUGAACGUGGAAUUUUUCAAUUCCCGUUUUAAUGAUAAUAUGGUCAUCAUGUCGGAUUCUUCGACUGAAGUGGGCCAACUACGGCUGCACUACUUCUGUGAUUGGUUGGUUAUGUCUCUAGCUUCUCCUAUACCAGUUACGUAUAAGGAGGAGGAUUGCACGGACUUUUGGAGAUGCUCACCGGUGUUAGCUGCCAAUUUGAGUACGACGACCUUAUCACAGAUAUUCACAUGUUUGUUACAAGCGGUUGUAGAUGCCGAUGUUGUUACACCAGUUGCCCCCGUACGUGCUAUUGACCCAACGGACCAGAUUCGCUUUGCAUCAGCAUGGCUGGGUUUGUCACAAUUGGCCAAUAUAUUGUCCAUACCGCUUGGAAAAUUGUUGGUAUCAGGUCUAUCUUUAGUUCCUGUACGUCUAUCGCUAUCCUUGCGCGCUAUGUUGACCCCUAUGCCGCCUUUGACCAACUUCAUGCUAGCUCUAGUGUUGCCAUCGUCUGUCCUAGAGAGAUUAGAGGAUUUGCAUGAGGGGACUAUAAAGAAUGUUCUGUGUACAGAUUCAAUGCUCCAGUUCAGUCUAGAGGAUUGUGAUUAUCGAUUAUUUCAGGUCAUGCAAACGUUCCAUCAGACAGGUAAUUUACCUGAUAAUAUCGACCAAUUGCAACAUCUGGACAAGUACCGUUUCUACGCAUUGGUACGGCUAUUAUGGUAUGCCACUAAUCCACAUGUGAUGCUCCGUAUGGAUGCUUUGCGUGGAGCUAAACCGCUACUAGAAGUACAGGCUGACUAUGUAUCAGCGCCCUUCCGAUCGUAUCUAGAGGCAAUUUCUAGGUACAAACGACAGAAUAGUCUACAGCAGAAUAACAAGAGCGGUGAAAGUGGAACUAAAUCUACUAGCAUCAAUUCUGCUGUACUAAGUAGUGGUAGACCCUCUGUUUCUGUUACCCAGCGUAGCGAGUUAGCAUUUGCUGGACAGCAAACUGGGACACAACAUAUGGACACUAUGCAAAACGAUUCCAGUUCAGCUCCUGAAUCUACACCUCAAUCUAGCGACCAGUGUUCCGGUAGUAGUGCCAUGAUCGAAUAUUUGCAGGAAAACUUUGUACGUGUCCUGGAGUAUUUCGUAGCUGUAUGGCUUAACCGUGGGAAGCAGACCCUGAACUUUGCAUUGAAGAACAAGCGUGUAUUUUACCCCGAAAUAUAUGGAUACAGUGAUAAACAGCCUAUCGCCGAUGCACAUAUCGCGCGGACAUACAACUGUAUAGCUAUCCUUAUAUGUAUCUAUCAUGGUGAUAUCGAUGUCUUUUGCGACAGGUUGAUCGAGGUGCUCACCAUUCGCCCUGUGGACGCGCAUAAUGCCCAAGUUCUGUUCCACUGUUGGGUAUUCUUAGCACGAAAAGUAUCCUGCGAAGUACUCGGAUUGUGCGCGCCCGGUAUAGCAUACUACGUGGCACGGAUAGAGAAGCUUGGUAUCGAUAUACAAACCACUGAUAGUCUGAUUGAUGAGAUUAAAGUUAGGUUAGAACCUACAGAUCAGGAUAAACGAUUUUCUUCAUAUAUAGAUUGUAUGGUAUCUUGCGUGAGGUCUCCGGAGGCAGUGGAUAACAUCGAGGUCAAGUUGGAAAUGCUAGCGUCGAUGCUACACAAUGGCGAGUCUCUCAAGAUACCUUAUAUUACUCGUGAAGCAGCGGCUAUAACGGCUAACCAGUUACUCGAGCUUAACCCUUUUGUAUCUAACAUGGAACAUGCUAGGGCAUCAGCGUUAAGACUUGCAGAAGCGGCACUUCGUACUAUAGCUGAACAUUCAGACGACUUCUCCAAGACCCCUAUUGCACUAGCCACAGCCUGUUGCUCAAUCUUAGGUUACGUACCAUGUGACCUUGGCGCAUUCCGUUCGCUACGUAAACAGCGUGCAAGUUAUGUACAAUGUUUGCACUCAGACCCAACUGAGCUUGCUAACAAUGUGCUGAGGGAUUACCUCAUACCUAACAUGCAUCUGCAAGUGGCUCUUUAUUGUAUCCAAGAGAUUCUAAAGCUAUUGGGUCUCUACAAAGGUGGAGUUCGUUCUAGAAAAGAACUUAACACAAUGUCUGAACGGUGGCAAAAUAGCUUCGACCCUGUUAUAAGACGUGCGAUAGAACCAUACCGUGCUACAAGUUUUCUACGUAACCGUUCUAUCGAGGAUAUAAUCGAGACAUGUCUGGACGUUAACACAGUUUUUGACAUUAAAUCGUUCGUUUGGUGGCUUCUGAAGAUGUUACCGGAUACCUGCCCCUCUCUACCACUAUUCAGAGCGUGUGACCUCGCGAUGGUCAAAAUACCAUCGGUACUGACAUUCCUUCUCCCUUAUAUUGUGGAAUCGUGUGUCAAUUUCCUCACCGACGAACAGUGCGCCAUCAUCGGGAAACGUGUCGCCUCUUUACUCUGUAAUAUCCUGAAACGUGAUAGUGCUACUUUCGGUAUCAAUUGGCAACCACCUUACGAGGUACUCUCCAAAUCGCGGCCUACUCUUGAUAGUACAGACCAAUAUACUUCAUGCCAAGCUAUAUUCAACCUUUUGGAUGGGAUCAAGGUACUCACUGACCGAUGUCGUCAUGAGCUGGCUGGUAUACAUAGCGGUUCUGAUUCUAGUUUCUCAAAGAGACGCAAAUUGUCUAUUCCAAGCGACAACCCUUUCAAAGAUGUUCCAAUCACCACACCAAUAGAACAGGAUUCUGCUGCUGGAAGCCCAGGCAGUACCGUGAAGCUUCUCCGAACUAAGAUGAGGAGGUUAGAUUCGAUUUUAUAUGCUGUUCCGGAACUAUUGGUUGCCCAUGCGGCAAUAUCCUGUGGUUCAUACGCUCGAGGGGUUAUGAUCAUUGAGAAAAAGAUCGCUUUGGAACCUAUGACUUACAAUUUCGGAGACCCGACACGGGCUCUUAGUAACCGAUCAUUACGUCGCAAGGUAAUCGACAAGGGUGGGUUGGACCCACAAGCGAUCAUCUCCUUGCUAUGUCGUGGCUACCUUGGUCUGGGUGACUUCGACUCCCUAGUUUGCAUAUCAAGUAUAGUACUGAACGACGACUCCCAUAGGUCUAAAAAACAAAAUACAGACAUGCCAGUGGAUGCUACUACGCAGGAUAUCGAAGAACACUAUGUUGCCAAGGCAUCUGGUUCUACACCCAACACAUCUAUUCAGCUACCGCCACGUACCUCGUUUAUUGACAAGCGUCAAAGGGAAGCGUGUCGUGCGUUUUCAUACGAGUGCCGUGGUAAGUACCGCGAAGCUUGUGAUGUCUACAAUCGCCUGCUAAAAACAUCACAAGAUGCUAGGCUAUGGACAAGCUGGUAUAGGAUCAUACAGAUGACCGGGCCCACUGUAUUUAUACACCUGCCUCAGCCACCUGAUAUGGAAGAUGCUACAGAGUCGCUGAUAGCUGAAUCUCUUACGGCAUGUUGGAAACUUGCUCUAUGGGACGAACUGGAUGUGCUCUUAGCCAAAAAACGAACCCGAGACACAGCUUUACUGGAGAUACAGUUAGAUGACCUGUCAUCUAAAAAUGUGCUCUUGGUAGAACGUAAUGAUGCUAGAGCUGAUGUUGCGUGUUCCCAGGUUACCCAGUGCACGGCUGACAGUGGCGAAUCUGAUGUAUUCUGGGAAUCACUAUUAAUGCGUGAUCCAAUCGAUGUCUGGUUUAUGGAGCAGACGGCAAAUGCUAUAAGUCAUUUGCAAAAACGGGAUUAUGCGGCUAGUGAUCGAACGGUUCAGGAGGGAUUUAAACACCUAAUACGUCCACUAGGUCUGGCUAUACGUGAGUCGACAUUGGUUGCUGUGAAGUAUCUUGAAAAAAUCGUUAUAUUCAAUUCUCUGAGACUCACAAGUAGGUUUAACAAUGGCCAUUACAAUAUUGAUGAGCGUGGAUUUGCACGAGAACUUACAUCGCUAGUCCAAUCAUCCACAGGUGAGAGUAUGCGCAGUUCACUGAACAUUCUUGGUACGGCUAAGGUGGCACUGGAGCUUGGGUCUAAGUUUGAUGCGGCGUCUGAGCUUAUGUUAACGCUUAAUCGCAUGUGCCGUAUCCACAAAGUAGAUGUACACAUCCCCGGUAGCAUCUCUUUAGAUGACGAGGCGUUCUCCGAUCGCAGCGAUGUAGUCCUUGAGCACGCGUUGACAUUGCAAUAUAAAGGCCAGGUGGAUGAUGCGAUAGCCGCUUUGAAAGAACUUGGUCGACAUGAUUUUGAGGGAUUCUACAAUCUUGUCAAGAUGUAUACAGAUUCGAAUAUGUUGAUCCCCAAACGUGCUAUUUCAUAUAUGAGCGAAAUAUUGAAAGCAGCUCCACAAUCGUUCAAGGCUAACUUGCUCUAUGCAGAGUAUCUAGACCGGCUACUCGACCAUCGGCUGCGUAACGCUCGUAAUUUCCGUGUGGUACUCAAUGACAAGACAAUAUGUGCGCGCAGGAGCGUACUCAGCUCACCUAUAGAGCGCACGUAUAUGAUAACAGGUAUAGAAGGUGUCCCGGGGAUAUAUACUUUCGUGGAACUGGUAUCAGCAACUGUAAAUGCUUAUCUCAGGGCACUUGCCUUUAUCACACCUAGCCGGCAUUGUGGUCCCUUUAGGAAACCUGAGGAUAUCAAGCCUACAGUUACCCCUGUUGAUACAGAUAAAGAUACCUCGGCUAACGAAUAUUCUGACGCCCAAAGGACACAAGACGAUGGAACUGUAGGACCAUUUGUAGGGGAAAACUCACCUCACCCAGGUCGUGCUGCUACAAAAUCAUUCAAAGAUUCUGGUGGUAAUAUGGAUAUUGUUGAUAUCCUUACAAAGGUUAUAGCCAUAAUCUGUUUCUACUGCACACCGAACACCAGCCAGUUCCUGAGCAACGUAACUUUUGAAAACGAGGCAUGUCAGAUAUUCGCGAAUGCAAUCAUGGACAAGUUCUUCGAGCACAACGAUGCCAUACCGCAGUAUUAUUGGUAUACAGUCAUAUCUCAGCUCAUGAGUAGAUGUCAGCACAAAUUACUGGGUGCAUCGCUGUUCCAGACACUGGUUGCACGGCUAGUAGCAAGGUACCCUAAACAGGCUCUCUGGUCAACGCUUUAUUUCGCCCAUUCUGUGAACUCCCAUAUGCGCCAGGUACAUAUCAACAUUGAGCGUAAAGCACGUGAGAUAGCGCCAUCCUCGGCUUUGAUUGUGGAAUAUCACCAUACAAUUUUCAAGGAGUUGACACAAGUGGCUAUGGACACCUCGGUAUCCACUAGUGACAAAUCUGUAUUACGGUUCCAAGGUUUGUGUAACGUGUUGAAUAGCACAGGAUGUAAGGAUAACGUUAUUAUCCCUACUAUCCGUAACCUCAGUUUCGAACAGAUCAUCCAUUACGACCUGACGGUUGAAAAAUCCAAGUUAUGUGGAAUCGAUGAGAACAUGCAAGUGCUACGCUCGAAACAGAAACCUAAGAGGAUCGGGUUCCUAACUGUCACUGGUGAGAUUGUCAAUUUCUUGGUUAAGAACGAAGUAAAGGGCGAUUUGCGUAAGGACAAGCGUAUGAUGGAAGUGACCCAAUACGUGGCUAAGAUGUUGAACAAACAGUAUAAGGGCAUGGAAAUCCAGUGUUACAGUGUAGUAUCACUUACCGAAGUCGCCGGCAUUAUCGAAUGGGUGCCUAACAUGGCCACUAUGCGUGCGGUGGUUACUGACGAACUUCGGCUUUUGGUUAAAGGUCAAGAUCGUGAAUCUAGAAAGGCCAUUACGGAAUAUGCGACAAGUGUAUCAGAAAAGAGAUAUGUGGAUUCACUCAAGCUUUUCCGUCAAUUAUGUGAACGACGUCCAGCGGUACUUCACCGAGUAUAUUACAAGUUUUUCAAGCGGGAUCCAACUACUUGGUUCUGCGCUCGUAAAGAGUACAUCCAUACAUGUGCUGUGUGGAGCAUUUUGGGUUACAUCGUUGGUCUGGGUGACCGUCACGCCGAAAAUGUUUUGCUAAACCUCAUCACUGGCCAGAUGAUGCAUGUCGACUUCGAUUGUCUAUUCGGUAAGGGAUGUCAGUUAUCUGUACCCGAGCUUGUGCCGUUUCGCAUGACCCAGAACGUUGUGUGCAACCUUGGUGUUUGUGGUACUGCGACUGACGGCCCAUUUUACUCGGAGGCGCUCAAGUUCCUACAAAUGCUGCAUAAGGAUCGACAUAAGAUAACAUCGAUUCUCAUGAGUUUUGUAUUCGACCCUCUUAUCGAAUGGCAUCGUGGAGAAUCUACAGCUAAUGGCGAAGGUGAUUCGCAUAAAGUGUUACAAUGUAUCGAGAGCAAGCUAAGGGGUGCAUUAAACAUAUUCAUCCCAUCAGUUGAGAUUAAUUCAAGUCAUUCUGCGUUUAACGAGUAUGACGAUGCUAGCGAUGUUCAAGCUAUGCAGAGCUUCGAGAGUGUUACCGAGAUAAUGGAGCCUCGUGAACAAUUACAGAAGCUUAUACAGGUUGCGACGUCACACGCACAUCUGUCUAAAAUGUUCGUAGGCUGGGCACCGUGGCUAUAG